GGUUCGUGAAAAAGUGCGUUUUGUGCGCGAAUUAUUGGAUUCGUUUGGUUUUAACGCCGCUCUGCACCAUCAGCAGAAGCAGCAGACCGUGCAGCAUAUCACGAAACCGCGAACAACCCGCAUCCGAAUCCGAAGGCAUCCGAAAAGUGAGAUAUUUUGAAAACUGCUACUGUUUUGAAAUUGGUUGGGUGCUCUGUGUGCGUGAAAUCCGUGUCCGGGGACACGCCGCGCCGAAGCUCGCGUUCCGUAGGAAAUCGUCGUAAAUCGCGCGUACAUCCAGUGCGAUCAAGGGAUUUUUGGAGUUUUGUUUAGUGAUUCUAGUAAAUUUUUAGUGUCCAAAUUUGGGUCCGCGCGUGUGUGUGUGUGGCGUAGAGCGAGGCAAACGUUUCAUUGAUCGUGCUUGAUCGUGCGUGUCGAUCUCGUCCUCUCGCUUUCACAUAGCAGCGCCCCAGGUGUAUGCGAGAAGGAAGGAAAGGGAAAGAAAGCGUCUCGCGCUGUGAUCGAGGUGUGUACGUGAGGAGACCCUAGCAGCAGCAGCAGCAGCAGCAGCAGCAUCCAACACGAUCGCGCAAAGCGGUGAUCCCGAGAGAGGAGGCCAAAGAGGCAACAUUCUCAGGCGCAUACUUUUGGGUAACCCUAUCACCCCCUACCCAUCUCCCGGUCGCCAGCGUCGUCAUCGUCAUCGUCGUCGAUCUAUGUGGAGGCCGCCAAAUGGUGUUUUCAUUCAUUCAAUUUUAACGCGGCAUCAUCUUGGAAUCCCGAUGCACUGGGCUGCUAUGAAGCCGUUACAACAAAUGCGCUUCAGACGUGAAUCCCGCAAUGCGGCAAUGAAAAUGCUUUGAAAAUGGUGUGCCGACCCACUAGUAAGGCGUAGGUGGUGUUGUGAAGCAAUAUAUUCGUGAGAGAAUCGAAUUGAUCAAAAACAUCAUUCGAAUGCACAACGCGUGUGCGUAUGACAGGAACUAAAGAGAAAAAAAACUAAAAGUGAGAUAAACUGGAAGUGUUCACCAUUGGAUGGUCCUUGGGAGGGAAAAGAGCGCCCCCGGUGGGAAUGCGGGUGCUGGUGGUAGCGUUAUGGAUACCGGCAAAAGCAUGACACCUCAUCCGGAGUCUUCCAGUUCAGCGACAAACACCUCAACUCCCGCUUCGCUACCUCCUCCUACUCGCGGUAUCAGUGGGGACGGUGCAUCUGGCAGCGUUUGCUCCGCUCUGACGGCGUACUCGUCAACUUCCUCUUCCUCCUCAUCCUCCUCGUCUUCCUCAAUCUCCGCCACUAGUGCCAGUGAACGAAUCUCCCACGAGCAACCCGUCAUUAAGCGGCAAAGGAUAGAGCAUGAUCGGGGGAGCAGUAACCGGGGGUCUGUGACGAUAGCUGUGACCAGCGGGGCGGCACACGGUAGCAAUGGGCACACCACCAAAAUCACUACAACAACGCCAUCGAGCUCCGUCGUAGCAGGCGUUGCUACACCCGCCAGCUCGAGUGGGGCCUCUUCGGCCUGUUCCUCAUCAACCUCCCUCUCAUCGUCACCACCAUCGUGUUCUUCGACGAAAUUGAUCCCCUCUUCCCUCGAACAUUCCUCGGAUGAUGAGCAGCACCUGCCUCAACAUCACCAUGCCGGUCAGAGCCACCGCCGAUUGGACUACACACAGCAACAACAACAACAACAACAACCGGCGCCACAGCAGCAACCACAGCAUUCGGUUGCAGCGUCGUUGACAUUCCAGGAAGCACUCGCCCGGCAAUGCUUGUGUUCGAUCGAUGUUGGUGCUUUGCUAAUGUCGUUCAAAGUACCGUACGUUAGAGGUCGGGAGGAUGCGCAUCCGCUGACCACCGUACCACCGCUAGCUGAGUGGCCGUUCGAGCAGUUACUGAAAUUUCUGUCCAGCGUGCAGCUGCUUUUCGAUGCGUACCUGAAGCAGAACAUCAAGGGUAACAUAUGUGCUGGCGUGAUGGACCUGUGUAACUAUCUGAUUCGGAGCGAUCACCAGCACCAACAACACAAUCAUCAUCGACAAGAGCUAUUGCAGCAGCAGCAGCAGCACCAGCAGCAGUCGCCACAGCAGCAGGUGCAUGAUCAUCAGCAGCUACAUCUACACCACCGGAGGUGGCAGAACCAUCAGCAUCAUCGGUGGUGGCGAAUGGGUGAUCAAGAGAUCGUGGUCGGUGCGCUCGACAUCGAUGAGCUGAUCGGUCUGUGCAGUCACCGGAGCAAGUACAUUGCCUAUCUAGCGGGACGGAUACUGGCUUCGUUGCUGAUCAUCGUCAAGGACGAUCCGGAUGACGAUGGCCGAUGGUUGGAGAAGCUCGUCGGCAAUCUGUUCGAUUUUAGCCAGCUGGAUGUACCGGCUGUUCGCAAGAUCAAUUUCAGUCUCGAGGUGAUCAAGCGGAUCGUUGAGUGGAAAGACGAAACAGAGCAUCCGCUCGAUGAAGAGGCCGCAGGUAGUGGAUCACCGGGUACGCUCGCUGCAGCGGGCGGUAGUGGAUCAACGUUACCACCGAUCGGUGGGCCGGUGGAACCUUCACUGGCGGACAAUUAUUUUGCAACGCACUUUGGAUCACCACAGCAGCGGGAGGAGGUUGAUGGUAGUAGCAGGAGUGUCAACAUUUUCUACCCUGCGGGUUCUCCUACCGUCCAGGGUUUAGAUAGCGCAUCGACUACUGCAUCGGCAUCAUCGCUGAUCCCGAAGCAUAGCGGACCGGCAGCGGCAGCAUCUAGUCAUGAGGGAGCAGCGAUUGAAGAGGAUAUGGUGGCCGGUUCGUCCAAUCUUCUUCAACAUCAUCAACAUCAUCAUCAUCAUAAUCACCAGCAACAGGAGCAGUUUCAUCAUCACCAUCAUCAUCAACAUCAACUUACCUCGUCUGCGUCCGGUGCCGCCGGUAGCUUGUCUAGCUGUCGCUACAUCACGCUUACCGAUUCGGAAAGCUUCGAUACGACACGCAUUAAGUUCGAAACGAUCAACAUCCUCGGUGGUCGGUGGUCGGCCCUUGUCAAGCACAUUAGCUCGUUGGUGCGCGCACAAGCAAACAGUAGCAACGUGACGGUAAUGGUUGCGACCGAAACUUGCAUCCUCACGUUUCUUCGGCUUUGGGAGAGCAUCAUCAGCGUGAAGGCGAACUUGUCGGUGGUCGAGACGCAACCAUUUCACUCGCAGCUUGACAGCUUCCAGCUGCUGCUGUUGGUAACGAAAAAUUGCGUUAUCUACAGGCAGAUGCUGACGCUGUUCAAUGAGGCGCUCUGCUACGGUAGUACGCUCGCGCUACAAGACCUCAUACCGGAGGAAGUGGGCAGUCUGGCGCACAAUAUUGUACGCUCCGUUAAGGAUUAUCGGAUACUGGAUAAGAUGCCAAAAUCAACCUACAGCAACCACCUUGGCCUGCUCGGGUACAAGGGCGAAGUAUUGCGGUACCAGAAUCGAAGGUUAUCGAGGCAGCAGCAAGAGGAUGGCGAUGCGACGGGUGCCGGCAUGAAUGCUGUGGCCAGCAGAAGCGAAACGUGUUACGAUCGCACGCUGCUCCAAAAGAUGGCGCUACUGGUGCUGAAGGCUGUCGCCGUGAUUGUAAAGGAGAUCCGAUGCGAUUCCAGUGACUCGAGCGUCGACAGUAGCGAUUUCGACAUGCAGGAGAUCCAGAUGAUCGAGCGCAGUAUACGGGAUGUGGUGCGGAAGCUAGAAACGUUUCUUAAGGUGCAGCUCGAGUUCCAUCCGGAAAGUCACUUGAGCAAAGUGUUGAUCCAUUUGUUCGACGAUCAGGAUGACUAUCUGGUGGAAGCGAUGGUCUGCACGCUCGACGUGACGUCCGGAAUAUCGUUCCGGAACGGGGCUUUUCCCGAGCUGAUCGCCAUGCUCAAUCCGGUGUACACGUUCAUCGAGUUCUCCAACCUGGGUCCGAACAUUACGCACCUGUUUCUCGAUCUGUUGAUCAGUCCGGAAACUUGCUUUCUGUUGUUUCUGCUGCGCUUUCUGAAGUACAUCCGACAGAACUGGUCAAUGUUUACGCAAAGCUGCUACAACUACUAUCGCCACAACAGUUACAGCAAUGCGGCCACGCUGCUCCAGAACCGAUUGCGAUUAGCGGCCAGCAGUGGGAUAGUGUUGGAUGGUGGCGGUGCUGCUGGCACUAGUGCUAGUGCUAGUGCGGCGGGAACGUUAUCAGUAGGUGCUGGUGGUGUCGUAGCACCCGCUGGUGGUGCUGCAAAUUCGAACGUUAUACUGGACAGUGUGAUGACCGUGCUGAUCAGCUUGCGGAUGCAGAUCAGCCGGCUUGUGGCCGAUACGCUCUUCCCGUACAACAUUACGCCCAUACUGAGAUUGAUAGAGAACUGCGAAAGCCUAUAUGAGGGCAACGAGCUGAGCUGAGCUGCUAUGAGUUGGGCCCGAGAAUCAUUCUAGGUAUUAGGUCGUUUUGCCUUGUACAUUAUCAAAUUAAUAUAUGCGCGUGCUACUGCGGCAAUGCGGAUAACAAGCUGCAUCUGUUCUGCCAUCCGCUUGUGGUGGCAGAGAAGCCUAGAGUUUAAGACUAGAAGUUCCACCGCAACACCGCGUUAUGAGGAAAAUGAGAAAUUAUGCAUUUAUCCCAUUUUUAUUUACGACAUUCCACUGUUUUCUGUCUGUCUCUCUUUUUUUUUCUCUUUCACUCUCUCUGUAAAGUUGUUCUCGGUUGGGUAACUCUGUGCCACUCUUCGAUGCGUUGCUAGGAACAUGUACAAUUGUUCAUUGUAUGCUAUGUUAAAGUAAGCAGUAUUAAGAUACUCUAGGUAGGUUCAGAGAUUAACAGAAAAGCAGUCGAUUUCAUCUGUCUGUCUCGCAUGGCCGUUAAAAUACGCAUUAUACGCAGCCCUAUGUACAUAAGUAAAGCAAUUAGCUGCUGCAAUUAGCAUUCCCGGAUGGAGACCAUCUGUCAGUACUACACUUACGCGGAACGAUGUGUUCCGGUAGUUCCUGUUCAAUUGUCCCUUGGAUGCCUUUUAAUGGAACCGCCAGCAAAUUCUUGCCUUAUUGACCGGUGUAUGUAUAUGAGGAUGAAUAAUUGGAAUGGAAUGGAGCAAUCCUUUCGAUUAUAGCGGUUACAGCUAUCGUUAGUAGAUCGGGAGGUUGAUUCCAGUAGAAUUGUAGCUUAAUUUAUGUGUUAUAAUUUAAAUAGCGCGUUACACAAAGCUAGCGUCGCUCACUCUAUGUGCCUUUUAGCUAACGUGAAUCUUCCAGACAUUCAGGGUGUUAAAGGGUAUCGCCGAGCAGCGCAGGCGUUUCGCUGGACGGGACGGGGUAGCGUAUAACGGCGCGGCGGGCUGCCCAAGUCCCUAAACAAUUUAUUAACGAUAAGCUAGACGAUUAAAUGCGUGCACACGUGCUGAGCCACUAAUCGGUGAUA